UCUUUCGAGUUGUCCACCGCCUGUUUCCACGUUGGACGAAAAAUGGCCGGUGCAAGAAGCCUUCUGUCAGUCCUGCUGGCCGUGUGCGCCGUUUCCUGGGCGAGUGCCGACUCCUGCGGCAAACCCGAGGUGUCGGCCACUUCGUACACGACGCAGGACGCGACCGUGCUCACCAAUAUCGCCUACGUGGCCGAAUUCUCGCUGAAAUGCUCAAACGCCAUCAAGGGUCUGCCCCUGUACGCCGAGGUCAACGGCAAGAUUCUGCCCGCUGCCAGGACCAGCGACGACAACCACUAUCAGGUGAGCUGGACUGAAGAGGUGAAGAAGGCCCGCAGUGGCAACUUCAACAUCAAUCUUUUCGACGAAGAAGGCUAUGCUGCCCUGCGCAAGGCCAUUCGCAGCGGAGACGAUCUGGGCUUGGUGAAGCCCCUCGUGAGCGUCCUGCUGAACCACCCUGGCUCCUAUCAGGGCCCUUGGGUCAAUUCAGAGUUCAUGGCCGCUGCCCUGGCCGUGGUGGUCUGGUAUUGUGCCUACACCUUCAGGAACAAGCUGCUGUACUGAAAACUCGAAAGAAUUCCGAAAAUCUGAAGGGCGUUCAACGACGUUGAUGUAUGGGCCGAGUGCGUGGGAUGAUUUUUUUGUAUGAUCAAUAAAUCUAAUUAUUGUUUUCAAAAAA